UUAACUACCCGUCCGCUCGCAUCCCGCGGACUUUGAGAUUCCCCGCCAUCAGCCACAUCUCCCACCACCUCCCACCAGUUCAUUACCAUGGAUCCGGCUCAAGAUCCUAACCAGCCUUCAGGGGGCAUGCCCGAUGCCCCGGACCGGAAUACCAUGGAGCAGAUCCGCUUGAGACGACUAGCUAAGCUCGGAACUGCGUCUCCCAAACCCGAAGACUCGUCCUCGGCUUCCAGCCCAAAGCUCGCAGCGUCACCUUCGUCGGAGCAGGAUCAGGCCCGGCAGAAGAAAGCCACCGACACUCCUAAACGCCCCAUCACCAUCACACCUGCCGCCGCCACCGCCACAACCACAACCACAAGCACAACCACCCGCGACGUAUCCUCAUCCAACCAAGCAGCCGCAUCCUCCUCGUCUCCUUCCCUCGACGACAGCUCUAACAAGCGCGCCGCCGCCAGGAUCGAUGACCGAGCGCAGGGCACACAGCCCGCGAAUAAGAAGCCCUAUGUCGGCCAGGAGGAGUCUCUCCUUGACUGGACCGACAGGGUCCUUAGCGGCACCUUUCGCUUCACUCUUGAUCCCGAGCGCUUGGUAGAUGCCCAGGGACACAAACUCACCUUCCUCCCCAACUCCUCGUCCGAAGUCGCCGAGGCCGGCUCGCCGGCCAAGUUGAACGAAGAGCUCCUCGAUUCGGCCAUUCUCGAAGCUGCGACGCUCCGACCCCACAAUACUUCCCUGCUGAAGUAUCUGCUUUCUUGUUGGAAGAGGAUCACCCGUGUUUUGGGGCAGCAGCCCAAGGAUGGGUCGGCAGAAGAGAAGAGGAAGAUUCUUGAGGAGGCCAAGAGGCUGUGCAUGAGCUACUCGCUCUUCUCUCUGACCAUGCCAGAUCUCUUCGGGCGCCCGGAACCCGAAGACCUUGUCCCCUGCCUUCUCCGCGGGUACGAUCACGAGGACUCGCUGCCGAUGGACUGGACCAAGGAGGCCAUCGACCGGUUCCCCGAGGACGACCAGGUAAAGUUCGCCUUUGCCGACGCCAUGGCCAGCAUCAGCCAGAAACUGGCGGGGUUGACGAUGGAGGAUGACUUCCGCGCGUGCCUCAACGCCAUGGUCUUCUACACCAGGUUCCCGGCGCUUCUUCAGGCCGUGUCAUCCCACCCCAGGUUCUUAACCGAAGGCGGCGCGCCUGAUCUAGAGAACGACACCAUCCUUGGUCCCUUCUUCCGACUCUCUCCACUACAACAACAGGUCGCGCUUACCUACUUCCCCAAUCCUCGGCAGCUCGAUCGGUCCCGCGUCGCGCAGUCGCAAGAUGCCAUGCGGACCGUCUUGCGGCUUCAUCAGGACGAGCUUUUCAACCUGGCAAACGCCUUCAUUCGCGCCGGCGCCGACACGAGGAAUGUCAUGCUCAACUGGUUCGCCCUGGGCGUCAACCUGAACCACAAGAGGAGGGCCAUGCAGGUAGACGCCCGCGAGGUGUCGUCGGACGGUUUCAUGGUGAACCUGACCGUCGUCCUGGAUCGGUUCUGCUCCCCCUUUAUGGAUACGACCUUCUCCAAGAUCAGCAGGAUCGAGGUCGAGUACUUCAGGCGCCAGCCGCGCGUCGCGAUCAAGGACGAGACCAAGCUGAACGCCGACCAAGCGACGUCCGACGACUUUUACGCCAAGACGGACGACAAGCCCUCGAACUUCAUUUCCGAGGUUUUCUUCCUCACAUUGGCCGCUCAUCAUUACGGCAGCGGCGCCACCAACUCGAAACUCAAGGCGUUGGAGCGGGACAUCAAAUUUUACGAGAAACACAUUGCAAGCAUGGAAGCAGAACGUCACAAAGUAGCCAAUAUCCCGACGCAACUCGCCAUCUUCGAGGUCAGUCUCAAGCGCCACACGGACGUGCUCGAAAAGGCCAUCGCCAGCAAGAAUGCCAUCGAAGGCGUAUUCCUGGACGAGAAGAUGCAGGAGCUGUCUCUGCGCUUCAUGCGCUAUGUGGCCGUCUGGCUGCUGCGCCUCGCGAGCCAGUCCGACUACACCCCCGACAAGGACCUCAAGCUGCCCCUGCCGUCGCCGCCGCCAGAGGCGUUCUCCUGUUUGCCCGAGUAUGCGCUUCAAGAUGUUGUGGACAACUUUAAGUUUGUAUACCGUCACCUCCCCCAGAUUAUGCCGUCGGCCGUGGGCAACGAGAUGAUCGCACUCUGUAUCGCCUUCCUCCAGUCGUCCGAGUUCAUUAAAAACCCCUACCUCAAGUCGUCCCUCGUCACGCUCCUCUUCAACGGCACCUGGCCAUUCAUGCACUUUAAGAAGGGUGUUUUGGGUGACCAGCUGUUCGGGUACAAGUUCGCCAACGAUCACCUGCUGCAUGCGCUCAUCAAGUUCUACAUCGAGGCCGAGUCCACGGGCGCGCACACGCAGUUCUACGACAAGUUCAACAUCCGUUAUGAGAUUUUCCAGGUGAUCAAGUGCGUGUGGGGCAACGACGUGUACAAGGACCAGCUCACGCGCGAGAGCAAGGUCAACCGGCAGUUCUUCGUGCAGUUUGUGAAUCUGCUGCUGAACGACGCCACCUACGUCCUGGACGAGGCUCUGACCAAGUUCCCCAAGAUCCACACGCUGCAGGCGGAGCUGGAUCACAGCACGGGCAUGUCGGCGCAGGACCGGCAGAAGAAGCUCGAGGAGCUGCAGGCGCUGGAGGGCCAGGCCGGGUCCUACAUGCAGCUGGCCAACGAGACGCUCUCGAUGAUGAAGCUCUUCACGUCGGCGCUGGGCGAGGCGUUCACGAUGCCGGAGAUUGUGCAGCGGCUGGCCAGCAUGUUGAACUACAACCUCGAGACGCUGGCGGGGCCCAAGAUGGGCCAGCUCAAGGUGAACAACCCGCAGAAGUACCACUUCCAGCCGCGCGUGCUCCUCUCGGACCUUGUGGAGAUCUACCUCAACCUGGGCUCGUCGCAGACGUUCGUCGACGCGGUGGCGGCGGACGGCCGGUCGUACAAGCCCGAGACCUUCGACAAGGCCGGCUACAUCCUCGCCAAGCGGGGCAUGAAGGACGAGGCGGACCUGCGGCAGUUUGACGUCCUGCAGCGGAAGUUCAAGGAGGCCAAGGAGGUCGCCGACCAGGCCGAGCUCGACCUGGGCGAGAUCCCGGCCGACUUUGAGGAUCCCAUCCUGGGCGACCUCAUGAGGGACCCCGUCGUCCUCCCUUCGCAGCACGUCGUGGACCGGUCUACCAUUGUGCAGCACUUGCUGUCGGAUCCCAAGGACCCGUUCACCCGGCAACCCAUGACGAUUGACGAUGUGGUCCCCGAUACGGAGCUGAAGGCUAAGAUUGACGCUUGGAAGGCCGAGAGGAUCGCGGCUGCCAAGUCGAAGGCGGAUGCCGAACAGAUGGACACCUCGGAGGGUUAGAGGAAGAAUGAAGAAUGGGUCCAUUGUUGUCGGGGUCGGCAGCCAUGUUUUGUUUUUGUGUUUGGACAGGGAGCGCGUUUCAUUGUAUGUACGUACUCAUGAGUCCCACGACAAACAGGUUUUGGCCCACCUCAGGGGACCUUUACGAGA